AUGGGAAAGCCCGGUCGAGCCGAUCGUAAGUAUUCUUGUAGUUCUCCUUACCCCGUUUUUAGGCUAUGUUGAAAAUAAAACCAAACGAUUUGCAGCUGAAGAGACCCUGGAGCUCAUCGACUGUCUUCCUCUUGAGUUUGUUGAGUAUGCAUUUGCCUAUGGCUCUGGAGCAAUCCAACAGGCCAGUGAAAAAAAGGAAGAAAAAAUGGUGGACUUUAUUGUUGUUACAAAGGACACAGAGCACUUCCAUCAACUAAAUCUGGAGAGGAAUAGAUCACAUUACUCUUCCAUUGCUUGGCUAGGUUCAUCACGCUUGACGACAUAUCAGAGAUACUUUGGGGCAAGACUAUUUUAUAAUACAAGGGUCAGAUCAGUUGGAAGGUUGAUCAAAUACGGCGUUAUUGACACGGAGGUAAGUGGAAUUGUUUGAUUUGGCAUUUAGGUAGAACAUGAUGUGAGAAAGCUCCUCUUUAAUUUUUUUUGUUGGGUGAUUUUUUCCGGCAAUUACGGCGUCUGCUUUAUAUUAUUCUUUAGGACCUAAAAGAAGAUCUCUUGGAAUGGAGCUGGCUGUAUGCCGCUGGUCGUCUACAUAAGCCGGUAUUAGAUGUUAUACGUCCAGAAGCAAGCUUGAAGACUUGUUUGGACGAGAACCGGCGAUCCGCCUUGCAGAUUGCUCUCCUUCAAAUGCCGGAAGCUUUUACGCUUACAGAUUUGUUGAGGACAAUAACCGCGAUUAGUUAUAACGGUGAUUUUAGGAUGAAGUUUGGUGAGGAUCGAAGAAAAGUAAGUGCUCUUCUUGUCUUGUCUUUAGCUUACAUUUUUAGAUAAACAAGCUUGUUGAUGGGGCAUUUGAUGAGUUCUCCGAGCUCUACCUGCCCUUGCUAAAGAGCGACCCUCGAGUAUACAGUAAUAAAGAGAAUUUUGAACAUGAUCUCAGCACCCCAGCCCUCUAUCAUCGACUCAAUCUGCUUCCCUCCACAGUUCUCAACAGAUUGUCAGCACAUUAUUAUGCAGGACGAGAUCCGAGGAGAAGAGAUAUCGAAGAAAUGGUCUUCUCCAUUGCCCAUCGGCAUGAUGUUUGUGAGCAAGCGGCAGCCAUGACUUCACAGAUUGUUGCCAGAUCAGCAAUAAGGCAGACGGUUAAGAACGCGACUACUGCUGGGUUUAGAAAGGGAUUCUUAUAUUCGAUGGCAAAGGUGGUGAAGAUGAUCAAGAGUAUAAGGUGACAUGUUAACUGCUUGUGCCUGCAUUUUUGCAAACGCACAGUUGGUCCGUUUACACGAAUAUUAGGAUGGAUUUUUUGUUGAUUUGUUAUUGCUUUCAUUUUUCUUGUUAUCAUUUCUUGCCAUAUAUAAUUUGAUACCGGUAAAUUUUUGUAAAAUACGCGAGUUUGCGUCCCUGAAAGGUUUAUUCCAUGAUAGACUUUACAUUGCACUGGGCAUGGUUAAUAUAAUUACGAUCUUUAGCUAUGACAGAAGUCUCUUCAGCCAUUCAGAGUCUGAAUUUGAACUCUGAAGCGUCUCAUAAACUCAGAUUCAAGUUCAGAGUUCUGGAAGAAGAGUUUGAAGCCGAGGCCAUAGCCCUAAAGGAAUGUGUUGUUUUGUGGGCUGGCCGAAGGAGGAUCUCUGAGAUCUUGUUUUUCGCCCUCGGAGAGCUUAGUCUGCACAUUUCUGGAGAUCCCACACCAAAUCAUUUGAUUUUCCUUCAACAAUUAACUGUGAAAUUGGCCAAAUUAUUCAAUGGGAAACAGGUAAAAAUUGUUGUUUUUACGCUUAUUGGGUUUGUUUAGGUAUAUUUCUCCACGGACCUUGGAACAGAUAACUUUGACAAGGCCGAACCGUUAUAUUGGAAAAAAUUCUUCGAUUCUCUGAAGACACAGAUCGAUCUCCACAAAGAAUUCUUUAGGAUAAAUUAA